ACUUAUAUAAGCUUCCAUUGUGACCCAACAUUUGUACUCAGGAGACCUUAUUUAUACAUUUCAAGUGCUUCCUUAACUCGUUAUAGCUUCUCCCUACUUACUAUCGAUACUUUUUCUUUCUUCGGUGCACAUUCAACAACAAUCUCUAGCCUGCUGGGAAAAUCAUUUAUCAUCUAGAGAUGGUUAAUGAGGGAGAAGUGUCUAGUGAGUUGGAGUGUAAGGUACAGAUAGCGGGUGAUCAUGGAUCGAAAGAGGUACAAGAUCGGAGUGAGCGUGGACUAGCUAAGAGAUUUUGGUUAGGAUUUGCUGGUUUACUUUCAGGGUUCAUGUCAAAAUUAUCACAGGGUUGGGGUAAAGUUUGCGGAGUAGGAUCUGAGGAUCCGAGAAGAGUUUUUCACUGUUUGAAAGUGGGUUUAGCUCUUACGGUCGUUUCGCUGUUUUACUAUAUGAGACCGUUAUAUGAAAGUAUUGGUAGUAAUGCUAUGUGGGCAGUUCUUACUGUUGUUGUAGUUUUUGAAUACACUGUUGGUGCAACACUGGCAAAAGGCUUAAACCGGGUAGCUGGAACUUUUCUUGCAGGAGCUCUAGCUAUUGGGGUUCACUGGGUUGCCGCUCACUGUGGAGAAACUUUUGAAGCUGCAAUCCUCAGAACCUCAGUUUUCCUUCUCGCUUCGGCAGCUACCUUUUCUAGGUUUAUCCCAAUAGUUAAACAGAGAUUCGACUACGGUGCCAUGAUAUUUGUUCUGACUUUCAGCCUCGUUUCUGUUUCCGGUUACCGUGUUGAAGAACUGUUUGAAUUAGCUCACCACCGAUUUUCGACUGUUGUACUUGGAACUGCCAUUUGCAUGCUCAUUUGCAUAUUUAUUCGUCCCGUUUGGGCUGGUCAGGAUCUGCACUUUCUCAUUGUCUGUAACUUGGAAAAGAUUUCUGAUUCUCUGGAUGAAUGUGUACUCAAAUACUUCGAAGAUGAGAAGACGCUAAUAGAUGGCGACGAAGAACGCUGUAAGAGAAUUCUCAAAUAUAAAUCUGCGCUGAACACGAAAGGGACGGAAGAUUCACUGGCUAAUUUUGCAAGAUGGGAGCCGUCUCAUGGCCAAUUCAGGUUUCAGCAUCCAUGGAAUCAGUACCUGAAAAUCGGGGCCUUGACUCGAAAUUGUGCUUAUUGCAUAGAAGCUCUCAACAGUUGCAUCAAUUCUGAAAUACAUGCACAUGAGAGAGCAAAGAAGCAUCUGAGCAAUGUCUGCAUAAGGUUGAGCUCUCAUUCUUCGGCGGUUCUCAGAGAGUUGACUGUCAUGAUCAAAACAAUGAAGAAAUCUUCAACUAUAGAGUUUUCAAUCGGAGAGAUGGGUAGUGCUGUGCAAGAAAUUCAACACGCCAUGAAGUGUUUACCUAUCCCACCACCAACAACACAACUCUUACCGCUACUCGUUAAAUCACAGACGGAGAUAACAGAACUUGUUCCGACGACACAGGCAGCAAAUACACCUUUGAUGGAGGUUCUAAAUCUUGUUACCAUAACUUCGUUACUUGUAGAAAUCAGUGCAAGAAUCGAGGACAUAUUCGGUGCUGUCAAUGAAUUAGCAAACAUGACCGGUUUCACCGUAUCGAUAAUUGAUGAAAAGAAGAAACAACAAAACAAACCUGUUGCGUCAGAUGAUCAAGAACUGCAAGAUAAAAAUGAAAUGAAGAUUCUUCAACAAGCUUAAGAGUAGUAAUUUAUCUAUUUCUUCGCGUAAGACAGUUUUACCUGUAGUAAUUCUUAUAUACAAGGGAAAAGAAAUAACUGACAAAAGUAGUUGCAAUUUACUCAAUUUCAUUAUAUCAUAAUACCAAGAAUCCUUACAAGUUUAGGCUCAAUCUGCACAAACUAGAAGGGAAACCCACUAUUCACAUUUACAUAGAUCAAAUUCAUGUCAGCUAUAAUUUUUUCGUAUUAGACCUGAAGAACCAAGUCCAUGCUUUGGCAUUUACUUUGCUUUGUUGCAAAACUGAACAGAAGGAAGAUCUUUAUGUUUUAGAUUUCUAGGAGCUUCAAAAGGAAGAUGCAGAGAUUCUAGACUGAUACAAUUUUCUAUGCCCAAGAACCGGAGGGAAGAUCAAUCCGCCAAAGCACUCAGGCAAACUCAACAGAGAAAGAUAACCUCUGGUGGUGAAACACUGUAGAGAAAUAAGGAUUAGACAUUGUCUUGAGUUUUCGAAAGGAGAUAUCAUUAUGCUCACAGAUAACUAGAAGGGAAACCCACUCGACAAGAGUUCAAAUUUCAUCCACAGGUCAACUAGGAAUAUCUACAUUUACAAUUCAUGUCAGCAAUAACGGUUGCCCAUUGGACUUGAAUUGAGGAUUUGAAGUGAAGAUUUGAAGCUUGUCUUGAGUUUUUGAGAGGAGAUAUCAUCGGUGCUGACAAGUUAUUGUUGUUGCUCUUGUAUUCAUAAUUAUCAUGAUCAAAGACUUUCUAGAUCGAGAUCUCUGAUAAAUCUCAGGGUUAGGGUUUGGGUUCUAACUCGGAUUCAGAUUUGGGAACUUACUAAGAAAUGAGGGACAAACUAUUCUUUUUUAUAAGACUUGUACAAAUCUGUCUGGUUGGUCUAGGGUUUAAUUGAGACCGUUGAGUAUAUUGAUCUAACGGAUGAUUUGUAUUUUCUAA